GACUCAUCGGGAUAGGGAUAAAAAAUAGAAAUUCCAUACGCAUAAAACACAUGUUGGAAGCGUUACCACGGAGAGGAUGGGCCCCACCCCACCCCACCCACCUUUUCGCGCCAUUUACACAGAGGUCCGAUGAAGUAUAAAUAGGCUAUAAUUAAGGUCCACAUAUUGACAUAGCGCCAGCCCAUUUACCCGCCCCGGAAUAUAUUUCGGGUUGACCCACGAUGCUCAUAGCCAGCGCCGCGCUGCCCCCGCCGCUUGUGGGACCCAAAUCCGCCGCGAAAUUCAGUCCAAGGCAAAGCUUCAUAACCUCAGCCACCGAUUUUCCCUCAUUUCUCCCUAAACAAAUGGAGAGUAUUAGAGACCCUUUCGCCAGGAAGCUGGCUUCCAGGAUUCAGCGACUGCCCGUAGAUCUAAGUUUGUCGGGGACUCGCGUAAUGAGUAGCUGCAUACAGCCGAAAACACAGCUUAAUACAGUUCCACUAGUUCUUCUUCACGGAUUUGAUAGCUCGUGUUUUGAAUGGAGAUAUGGUCUUCCUUUACUCGAAGAGGCUGGAUUUGAGACGUGGGCUGUUGAUGUUCUGGGAUGGGGCUUCUCUGAUUUGGAGAAGCUUCCUUCGUGCAGCGUGGCUUCCAAGCGUGAUCACCUCUAUCAGUUUUGGAGUUCCUAUAUUAAGAGGCCAAUGACAUUGGUCGGACCAAGUCUUGGAGCUGCUGUUGCCAUUGACUUCGCAGUCAACCACCCGGAAGCUGUUGACAAGCUGAUUCUAAUUGAUGCAAGUGUCUAUGCCGAAGGUACCGGACACCUUGCUACAUUACCUAAAGUGAUGGCAUAUGCCGGAGUGUAUUUAUUAAAGUCCUUACCGUUGCGCCUAUGUGCAACAUUAUUGGCUUUCAAUAGCUUAACAUGGGAUACUUGCUAUGAGUGGGCAAAGAUCGGGCGUCUACAUUGUCUCUUGCCUUGGUGGACUGAUGCAACCGUUGAUUUUAUGACAAGCGGGGGCUACAACGUCAGUGCUCAAAUCGGACAGGUUAAACAGAAAACACUAAUUAUAUGGGGAGAAAAUGACCAGAUUAUUGACUAUAAGCUUGCAGUGAGACUACACAGCGAAUUACCAAAUGCAAUAAUACGCCAAAUACCAGAGUGCGGCCACAUCCCUCACGUGGAGAAGCCUGCUGCUGUUUCCAAGUUAAUAUCAGAGUUCGUUCGAGCUGAGAGCAAGGAAGUGAUUAGGGUGUGGAAAGCUCCAAUCCCUAUUUCUGUUGGAAGUGAAGAAGUUCCCUCGUCUUCAUCUUCAACUGUCUGAACGCUUCAACAUCCACCAUCUCUGCAAAACGUGGUUGAAUGCUUAUGAAGUUGGGGCAACAGCUCCAUAGGAAAGCCCGGGCGAUCGUCAAAUUCUCCACCACAGGUACAGCUAAACCAUCUCCGACAUAUCCAUAUCCACCCUCUUGCAUCUUCACAAGUUGGUUCAACGAAGCGAACCACGAGGCAGUAGCCUUAUCGGGCAACCAACGUAUGCGUAUAUCCGACUCCCAUCCCCUACUACCUAUCGUAUUGAACUCGAGAACUUAAAUGUAUCGAAUAUUUGGAACAUCAAACUCCGCAUCCACGUCUAUAAAUUGAUGUACGGCUAUGGUUAAUUCUUACACCAUUCCAGUUAUAUUCAGAGAUGUAAUCCACAAUCACCAAUUCUUUGAGACGAGGAAAUUGAUGCCACAAAUUAAAAUUAAAGUAUUUUGAGGGUUUCACA